AACUCGGUACUUACUUUUGCUUCUUAGUUGUUAAUAGUGCUCAUCAACAUCACCAACUUUUUGCGUAAUUUUUAUUAGAUCCCGAUCUUUUUCCAUAACUUCCCUGUCCCAGAAAACUAGAACAUUUUAAUAAUUCUCCAAGUUUCAACUAUUCACAUUCAUUCAUAAAACUACAAAACCAUUUCCCACCUCCAUGUUUGUCAAACAAACCACCCAUUAAAUCCAUCUGAAAACAACUCCCCAACACUGCGUUUGUUUUGCUCUGUCUCACUUCUUUUUUUCUUUCCAUGCAACGAAAACAAUGAAGCUAAUCGUUUUUUCAUUGUUUUUAUGGGCAACAUUGGUGGUGAGUGUGAGCUCAGAUCUAGCUUCCGACAGGGCAGCCUUGUUGGCUCUUCGAGCAGCUGUUGGUGGACGCAUCCGUUUGUGGAAUCUUUCAAGCAGCCCAUGUAGUUGGACUGGUGUAAAUUGUGUCCAAAACAGAGUCGUCGAGUUAAGGCUCCCCGGAAUGGGACUGUCAGGUCAGCUUCCCAUUGCCAUUGGUAACUUAACUCAGCUCCAAACUCUUUCUCUUCGUUUCAAUGCUCUGUCUGGGUCAAUCCCAUCCGACUUUGCCAAGCUUACCACCCUUCGAAACCUCUACUUACAAGGGAAUGGGUUUUCGGGUCAGAUCCCGGGAUUCUUGUUCACUUUGCAAAACCUCAUCCGGUUAAAUCUUGCAAACAAUAAUUUCAGUGGUACCAUCCCUGAAAGUGUCAAUAAUUCGACUAGGUUGGGCACAUUGUUUUUAGAGAACAAUCACUUAUCUGGGUCAAUACCAGAUAUCGAGUUGCCUUCGCUUGUGCAAUUGAAUGUUUCUUUUAAUCAGUUAAACGGAUCAAUCCCGAAAGGGUUAUCAGGGAAACCAAAGAGUGCUUUUCAAGGGAAUUCUUUAUGCGGGAAGCCUUUGGUUUCUUGUGACGGAACUGAGAGUAGUGGGAGCAAGUUGUCUGGUGGAGCAAUUGCUGGUAUUGUCAUUGGGUGUGUGCUUGGUGUUUUAUUGGUUUUGAUUCUCUUGAUAUGUCUAUGUAGAAGGGAGGGUGGUAAAAAAACCAAGACAAAAGAUAUAGCCCCUGCAAAACUGGCUGAGAUUGAAAUUCCAGCAGACAAGGCAGCAGGGGAGAGUGAUAAUAAAAAUGGUGGUGCCUUGUCUGGGGUAGUCAAAAACGAUGCUAAGAGCAGUGGGAAUAAGAAGUUGGUGUUUUUCGGGAACGCGCCGAGGGUAUUCGAUCUGGAGGAUCUAUUGAGGGCAUCUGCUGAGGUGUUGGGGAAGGGAACAUUUGGGACGGCUUAUAAGGCCACCUUAGAUAUGGGGGUGGUUGUUGCAGUGAAGAGGUUGAAGGAUGUGGUGGUGUCAGAAAAGGAAUUCAAGGAGAAAAUGGAGGUAGUGGGAGCCAUGGAUCACCAGAACUUGGUCCCAUUAAGGGCCUAUUACUUCAGUGCAGAUGAGAAACUUCUUGUUUAUGAUUACAUGUCCACAGGAAGCUUGUCUGCACUUUUGCAUGGUAACAAAGGAGCUGGCAGGACUCCAUUGAAUUGGGAUACAAGGUCCAGCAUAGCCCUUGGAGCUGCCAAAGGCAUUGCAUACCUCCAUUCCAAGGGACCAGGAAUCUCCCAUGGAAACAUCAAAUCCUCCAACAUCCUUCUCACUACAUCCUAUGAAGCUCGUGUGUCUGAUUUUGGUCUUGCUCAGCUUUCUGGCCCAACAUCGACCCCCAACCGUGUAGAUGGCUACCGUGCUCCAGAGGUAACAGAUGCUCGUAAAGUUUCUCAAAAAGCCGAUGUCUACAGCUUCGGUGUAUUGCUUCUAGAACUGCUUACAGGGAAGGCACCCACACAUGCAUUAACAAAUGAGGAAGGAGUAGACCUCCCAAGAUGGGUCCAAUCCGUAGUUCGAGAGGAGUGGACUGCCGAGGUGUUCGACCUCGAACUUCUCAGAUACCAGAAUGUGGAGGAGGACAUGGUCCAGCUCUUACAGCUUGCCAUUAACUGUACUGCUCAAUAUCCCGACAAACGUCCUGCAAUGGAUGAGGUGACGAGCCAAAUCGAGGAGCUCUGCCGCUCUAGCGAUCAGAGAACAUAGACACAUGAAAUCCUAGACGAUGGGUCAUCGCAGCUGGUUUACUCAGUUGCUUUCGUAGGCUCUCCACCAUCUUCAGUACAAGACUAAAAUGUCAGCAGCAAUCUUUCAUUUUUUUUUAUUUUUAUUUUUUUCAUUUUGGUUUGAUAGAGUUCUCAUUGUAUUGUAUGUUUAUUAUUGAGUUCAUUCUAUUGAAGAAACUGUUGCAUUUUGCAUUUCCAUUUUUAUUUUUGCUUCAACAUUUUCCCCCACAUUCAUAGAAACAUUGUUCUUUUCUCUCUUAUUUCCCUGUAAUUUUGCAUUUGGUAGGGGGAAUUCAUAUAUUGUUAAUUGUACUUGGUUGUGUGAAGUGUGAAUAACUGGUCCUUUACUUUUUGCUUUCUUACUA